GUGGCUAUGGUAGGAGGCAUUGCUGCGAGGAGGAGGUGCUAGCAUUCCAUGGCGGUAUCGGCGACGGGAUCGACCAGAGACGUUUCCUACAGCUGCGGGAGGUGCGCGUUCAAGCUCAAUCUCAGCUCCUCCGAUCGGCUCAUCACGAGCAUCGGUCCCAGGUACUCCAAAACUAGCAGGAAAGGGAUCCUCUACUUCCUCUCGAUCGAUGAGAGCCGGUUUAGAAUGCUGGACGAGGUCAAGUGUGGCCCAUACUUCGAGUCGCCAGGGAAGUGGGGGAUCCAGAGAAUGCAAACGCGGCUCUUGUGCCGGCAAUGCGGUGCCACCAUCGGGCAUCUGGAGUCGGGGAUCUCGUCGUCGGUGAUCGGCUGCCUGGAUGUGGAUCGAAGCACAGACGAUGGGAAGAGAUUUUGCAUCAAGAUCAGGGCGUUGCAGCCAGAGCAGGAGCUCGACGGUGGAUUCCAAGCCAAGGAUGGAGAUCAGGAGAAAGCUCCCGAGGUUCUUCUAGCCGCCAAAGAUGAGAAAGCUUUCGAGGUAGCCAAGGAAGGAGAUGAAGAGAAAAGUUUCGAGCAGCGCAGCAGUGAGAAGACGAGGCCAGAUCAGGAGGAGAACAAGGACGAGAUUUGCAAUCAGUAGCAGGAGCGAUGUAUGGAUCGAUUGAUUGCUUCUUUUUUUUCUUUUUGGUUUUGAGUGUAUGAUUCUUUCUCGAGGCUGUAGAUGAUAAUGUGAAAAUGCCUGCCGGGUUAUCUAAAGAGAAAA